AUGAGCCCUCUGGGCAGUGGGAGGAGAGGCCUACGCUCACAGCUAUUUGAUAUUCUGUCAACCAUUGCUCCUGUUGACUCUGUCCGGAGACCGCAAACCAUAUCAAUUGCUCGAAAACAGCUCUCCUCACUCUCACCUUCGCCGAAAUAUGCUUCUACUGUAAGCAGCUGCCACAACGAAUCGAAAUCAGAGCUUUCAUCUCCUCGGCAGCCCCAUGAUGCAGGCAUUCGGGGCUCCAAGAUAUCAUCCAGGCGGAAUAGCUCAUCACAGCGUCGGGAAUUGGAUGAUAGAAGACAUCAUAAAGACAAUGGAACACAUAUCAUGCCGCAACAACCGCAGCCUCGAGCUAAACAUAUGCCUAAAUGCGCAGAGGUUCACGUUCCUUGCCCAAACCAACGGUUGACGACCUCCCGCAGUGUUGAACCCCCAAUUAAUGCACCUUUGAGGUAUCUAAAAGGCUAUAAUUUAUCACGGCCACAGAGACGGGAAUUGCGUGCGGCAAUUGAAAGUGAAUGUGCAGAAAUUCGAUCCUCUACAGACCGUGAUGUGUACUCUGAUGAGUACCUGGUCAGAGAAAUGUCUCUCUAUCCGCUUUCCCAAAUUCAUCCGAAAUGGAAACAAAACUUGAAGACGCUAUACGCCAAUAAACGCAAUAAUGUUCCCGUUUCUGAAACAUGGAAAAUGUUGAGCACUGAGGAUUCUGAUAUUGUGCCUGGGUGGAUCAAGGGUAUUUUGGGCUCUCCCCGCACCGCGCCUCCCCCUUCUACACGGUGGCGGCGCUUAUGUCGAAAUGAAGCCGCCAGGCGAUGGCCUCUUAUGAUUCUGUGGCUACUGUUACAUUCACCAUUGAGAGCUCUACGGUUUUUAGAGGCUACAACCACCCGCUUUUCUCCCUCUUUCCCCAUGGUUGCAGAUUGCUUUAUCUAUCUUGAAACUUUUCAUAUUGCAGAUUUUCUGAGCUCCCCAAAAUCGAAAAAGAGGUAUAUUCAUACAUUGCGACAUUGCCUCAGGCCAGAAGUCCUGCCCCACCUGUCGAUGGGCUCACAGAGCGGGUUUCGGCUUUAUCUGAAAUACUGCGAGCCUCAUAUCCUAUUAAAGGGCUUUAAGCACGUUAUAAAACGUCAAAAGUUUCUCUCUCUGGAGACCUUACUAUGCUUUACAGACCUUUUUACCAAGCAAGGCAACAUCCCGGAAGCUUUGAACUCAUUGCGCCUUCUUAUGACUCGGUUUGAACCCCAGAAAUAUCAUAAAUCUCCAACAGUUACGGACCGGUGCUGCAACCUUUUAAAACUAGACCGUUACACUCGCAAAGAUGAUGGCAACAUCACGUUUGAAAUAUUACCACAAAUCCUGCAGAUGGGAGUACAGCCUGAUUUGUCUAUAUAUAAUAUUGUGGUAUCUAACGCUUCGAAAUCGGACGACUUGGACACUGCGCUGCAGAUAGUUCAGCUGAUGGAAAGCCAAGGGGUUACACCAGACUCCCAUACGUACCUAUUAAUACUACACAAUGCUGUUCGUCUUAGGGAUUAUGAAAAGGUAGACCACAUACUCCACAAGAUUACGAAAGUCAAGACCCUGUCAACACAUCCACAUAUUGUCAGCAAAACGUUGCAUGCAAUUCUAUUACUCCCUAAUAGUACGGGCCCAGGACAGAAAGGUGCCAUGGAAACCUUUCAUAAAAUGCUUAACGUUUAUAAAAGAGCACACCAAUUACAGCCACUGGUCGACCUAGGGCUGGUUCCAUACAGCCAGAAUGACCAAGUACUUUCAGCAUCGAAAUCUCCCCCUUCGAACCAAUCCCUAGGUAUCAUGAUCACGGCGUACCUAAGGACGCAGCCUGACCCUGACAAAGUUUGGGAGUACUUUACACGCUUUCAGAAACUGGUGGCUAGCGGACAUCCUCUAAUUACACCUCUGGUUUCAACAGAUUAUGUCUUUAAUAGCUUUCUCAUGGCGCUUCGGUUUGAAUCUCGGAUGAUACCGAACUGUUUCAUGCUUCUCAAGUAUAUGCUCCAACCUCUCUCAGAAACAGCUCUCUAUGUAGCGAGAGGCCAGGGCUGUGACCCACUUUCACCUUUACCAGCGCAACCAUCGAAACGAACUUGGACGAUAUUAUUAAAUACAUUAAUAUCUCAUAACCAGAUAGAGGCAGCGGAGAAACUUCACCAAACGAUGAAAGAUCGCGGAGUAGAAAUCAAUGAUGUGUCCUGGAACACCCUCAUCAGGGGAUAUGCUUCCAAUCAGAUGGUCGAAGCAGCAGCUAAAGCGCUGAAGGAGAUGGAGAGGCAGUCUUGGAGCCCUGAUGGUCACACCGUCAAGGCCUUGGGAUUUAUUGAGAACCAAGAGCUUCUUCGUACAAUCCUUGAUCACCUUGACUCUGAGUCUGAGUUGGAGAAAGGCAAGUCGGCUGUCGAAGAGUGUUAA